AAAAAGAAUGUAACUUUAAAGAAAGAAGGAAACAUCAUCAGAAGCUUCUCUCUCAGAUUGACAGAAGAACAAGAUUCGAAGCUCCUCUUUCUUCUGUUAAAGAAAGAUGUUGUGUAGAAUGGUGGUGGUGACUGGCCGGAAAAAGAAACCCGGUUCGGUUCCGGUUUAUCUGAAUGUAUACGAUCUCACACCCAUCAAUGGUUAUGCUUACUGGUUGGGACUUGGGAUCUAUCACUCUGGUGUUGAAGUUCAUGGGGUUGAAUAUGGUUUCGGAGCUCACGAGCAUUCGACGACGGGGAUUUUUGAGGUGGAACCGAAGCAAUGUCCGGGUUUUACAUUCAGGAAGUGUAUAUUGAUUGGAAGAACUGAUUUGGAUCCUGAAAACGUUCGUGCUUUUAUGGAGAAACUUGCUGAAGAAUAUAGUGGAAAUACUUACCAUUUGAUCACUAAGAAUUGCAAUCACUUCUGCAAUGAUGUUUGUGUGCAACUGACUCGAAGAUCGAUCCCUAGUUGGGUUAACCGUCUUGCUCGCUUCGGUUUGUUUUGCAACUGUGUUCUGCCGGCGGAGCUGAAUGAGACAAAGGUGAGGCAGGUGAAAUCAAAGGAAGAGAAGAUUCCGGAAGCAGAGAAGAAGAAACUUCGGAGUAGAUCAAGUAGAUUUCCACCUGACCCUUCACUUUCUUCAUCGGGUUCUUUAAACCGAAGCAGAAGAGGGGAAAGGAGAAGACAAUGUCUUCCUCCAUCACCAACUGUGAGUGUUUAGCUCUAGUCCUAGUAAAAUUAUACCCGCCUUUUUGUUUCGCAAUUUGAUUCGGUAGUCAUUGUCCCAAGAAGUUGUGUUUAAGCUACAAGAUAUGGAUUGGACAAAUAUUUUCUUGAUGGUAGUAGUGGUAUAAGAUCUUCACAUCACA